CUUCAUCUCCCUCUCGUGUCUGAAAUAUCCUCACAUAUCCAUCCAUGGGUAAGCUAGCUUUGUUUUCUUUUCUUGUCAUUCUAUGCUUCGCAUUAACAUCUGCUGCUACAAAUUACAUUGUUGGGGAUAGCUCCGGUUGGGACAUAAGCACUGAUCUCGAUACAUGGGCUCAGGGCAAGAAUUUUGUCGUUGGCGAUGUUCUCGUGUUCCAGUACUCAUCGUCGGACAGUGUUAAUGAGGUGACAAAAGAAUCAUUCGACGGAUGCAACACCACCAAAGUUAUAAAAACGUAUACAAAUAAUGGGAACACCACGGUUACAUUAUCAAGACCUGGUCCAUGGUAUUUUAUUUCGGGCAAUAAGUUGUAUUGCCUAGGAGGAAUGAAACUUGCAAUAAACGUACAAGGAAAGCAAGCAGAUAUUUCUCCUGUUGCUGCUCCUAAAGCACAGCCAACUGGGGUUGUUCUUCCUCAGCCUUCCACUAAGAACAACAAUCCUACACCGACUUCUUCAGGAUCUGUGUAUGCUGCCGGUGGAAAGGAUUCUCUUUUAAAAGCCUCCUUUGGCUUUGUGGCUGCUGUAUUAUGGUUGGUGGGUUAGCAUCAGCCUUUAUAAUAGUUGAGCACCGGCGGGUAAUGAUUACUUGUUCAAGAGGACUCUCCCUAAACAAAAUAUAUAUAUAUAUAUUUUUUGUUUGUAAUGACAUUAAGGUUGUUGCUUUGGCAUGUUGAUCUUUUUGUCAGAAUUUAUUCGAUUAAUUAAGCUCUCCACUUCAUUGAUUUUA